AUGAGCUCUUGGUCGUUCAAUUUACGCGACAAAGUGUGCCGCACUGGUUCUGACGGCGACUCCUCCUCUGCAUCGUCCGACUCAUUCACGUCCUCUCCUUCGCGUGACCCAAGUUCUGAAACAGAACUCUUCAAUGAUCUUGAUUUCUCGAUGCGAGAGGAGCCGGACUGCGUACCGAAGUACAAACCCAAUCCCUUCAACAUUGCUAGGAUCAAUGCCGCGACGAGAGCGGCAGCGUCUGCUUCACAUAUUCCGGAACCGGUGGUGUUGGAGUCUCGACAGACAGACGACCGCACAAGAGGGAACCAAAAUAUCGUUCCAAGCCAAUCGAAGCUUGCAACCAAAGAGAUUUUCAAGCCAAAGAGGGAUUUAAACGAUAGCACCGUUGCGGAUGCGCUCGUAAAGCAAAGGCAGAAAAAGAUCACAGGCAACUCAUCAGAGCAAACUGACGGUAAAGUCCAAGCAAAGAACAGCUUUACGCACUCUGCCAUCAAAACGUCUGCAGUUCCAGUUUCCUCUACGGUCCUUCCACUCGAAACUGUGCCGACAGAAGACAUAACAACGUCGCAUCUCCGGGUACCUCCUAUUUUUACCACACCUGAACCUCGAAGAUUCAAUCGCUUUCAACCUCCAAUCAAGCGUUUUCUGCCAGUUCCUCGUACGACACCACAGCCACAACACAUUCUCUACAGUUCACCUCUACGCAUCCCGGAACAAUCUGCUCAAGUUUCCACGCCACAGAAAAUAAAUGCUGCUCAAGUCUCUUGUUCUCCUCUCUCGGCUAGUCCUGUCUGCGUACCGGCAGCGGCGGUUCAGUCCACCUCAACCAAUUUAACUCAUAAUGCCCCUGAUGCUACAAAGACUUCAAUUCAUUCUGCGCCGCCUGCUUCUCGUUCUCGUUUUCAAGUCCGAAAACCUGCCACUUCUUCCCAUGAUCAUGCUCAACCUUCCUUUGUGACCGAUUCUAGUCCACUCCGCUCACCUGUCAUAACGAUGCUCAAAUUGACGACGACACCUGAAUCCAAUGCCGUCAGGGUCACGCCUGCGUCCCGAAAGCGCAUCUCGAUGGAAGAGGAUGAAGAACAUUACGGAGGACGAUCAUCUGUUUCUUCAAGCUCUCCAGUGAGAUCAUCUCCCCCGCGUAAGAAAUGGCGGAUGGUGACUGCAACGCUUGAAGAGGAUGCGGAAUGGAGCACCUUGAAUGUUGGGAAGAAGUCCAAGAAGCGGGAUACGUCAGAUCGUACCACAGGGAAGUUUUCAUUAGGCUGGCUGUCGAGGCGCUAG